AUGGGAAAGGCAGCGCCCGCACCGUCCAACUCAGCUGACUUUUACGUGGAGCAGUUAAAGCGACACAUGCACCCCAAGCUGCACGCAACAAAGAAGAUAACGAAGAAACAAGUACAGGGACUGACACCAGUUCAAAAAAUACUCAAAAGUCUCAGCGACGACCUCAGUAACUUUGAUACACAGUUUCUCGUAGACUUCAUAUCGGAACCAAACAAUGGAAUGGAAGUGCUGAUAGACUUCCUGCAUGACAUACAACUGUAUCACAACGAGGGGAUACCGUUCGCUGCAUCCCAUGGAACGAGGAAAUCUUCUGCGACCACGAUACCAAAACGAUACAGCGAUACCAUCAGCAGACAGCCGAAAGACAGUCUGAAUACUUUAAUGUGUAUCAUAGAUAUUGUUGAAACAAACGAGGAAGCCUUACGAUUGGUUCUCGCCAGCAAGAAAUCGAUGGAGACAUUCCUCUUAUGCUUGAUGAGCAACUCAAUGAAACUACGGAUCGGAAUAGUAAAUCUCCUGCGUAUCUUAUGUACCAACAAAGACGGUCACGAUUACGUCAUGAAUAUGAUGACGUACAUGAAGUUAAAAAUGGGAGAAACAACUAGAUUCAAGUUACUAAUCAGUCUUAUUCACGCCGAUCCACCAAACAGAAACUACCAGCUGGCGUGCCUCAGAUUACUCAAUGAACUAUUGAACUCCACCGACAUUGUGAAUGAACGUGUAUAUUUACAAUAUGAGUUAAUCGAACUUGCAAAGUUUGAUCCUUAUAAAGUACAAGAGUCGCUACAAGGAGAGUACGAUGAAGACAUUUCACAGGAAUUGGAACGAUGGCACACCAAGUUCAUUAACAUAGAAAGUCUCCACGAGGAUUACACUGAACUUGAUAAUAGAAAUAAACUACUCAGGACAGAGAUAGACAUUCAGAAACGAGAAAUACAGAAAUUGGAAAUGGAAAAUGCAAACAACAAGCAGAAAUACAUAGAGGCAAAAGCCGAAAACGAGGAACACCGGAUUAAGAUUGCCAUGUUACAAGAUAAACUUGGUACGACAGUGUCGAAAGACGUGGACGAAAACUUCUAUGACGAGACGCAAGUAGCUGUAAUUCAUACUCUGGACCAGGCUAUUGAAGACGGUAACAAUAUAACAGAGACUGAAAGCAUUGCGUCUACAAGAACUGAUGAUAUCUAUGAUGAUGUCGAAAACCGCUACACAGAAACUCCGGUAGAGGGCGGCGUCGAUGACCCCGAUGUAGCCCCGUUGCGUAAACCAUCAGUGAAGCUGAGUAAACGACAUGCUCCACCCGUACCUCCGCCAUUGCCAGGUAUUGGAAAUUUACCGCCAGCGCCACCACCGCCACCAUCGGCACAAGGUUUGAAUAACGAGAAAAGAAAACAACCAAUCAACGCCAAUGUACCAUUGCCCAUGUUUAACUGGGUUCCCAUGACGACAGCAGGUAACACGAUAUUCAAGGGAAUAGAUGAGGAGAAUAUCUACGAGGAAUUUGAUUUUUCGGAUUUCGAGGCCAAUUUCCAUACAAAACGACGCCAAUCAGUUGCCGAGCAAAACGCUGUAUUGAGCAAAUUGGAGAGGGCGAGAAAACGUAUAGAGAGUCAGGUGACAGUGAUAGAGUCGAACAGGGCCAAGAAUCUUAUAAUUACAAGACGUCGUAUCAAGCUAAAUGACAGGGAAAUUAAAUCACAUAUAACUAACUGUGACAUCAGUGGUGUUCCCGGCGAGAUCGCCGAAUUACUUUUAAAUUUCGUGCCAUCAAGAGAAGAACUACGUGGUCUUGCCAAGAAUGCUGAUAGGUACGAAGAAAUGGGAGAAGCUGAGAAGUUCAUGUUCAAGAUGGCGCGUAUCGAUCGAUAUGAAUCAAGAUUAAGAUUGAUGGUAUUUAUGGGUAUCUAUGACGACCUCAUCAGCACUGUCAGGCCGAUAAUGGAUACCAAAUCUACAGACAGGCAACAUACUUUGCUGAACUAUAUAGCAACAACGACCAGGAAUUGUUACCCUGCUGUUGCAUUAUGGUAUGAGGAUCUCGAGGUCGUCAAAGACGCAGUGUCAGUGUCGUUAGAAUCGAUCUCUACCGAUGUACAUGGUCUCCGCAAAGGAUUGGAACUGACAAGAUUCGAACGGGAUAAACAAGAAGAUAAUCCGGUCAUCUCUAUAUCCUUUUUACCAGUCUACUGUAUGCAUAUUUUAAAGUGUCGUUUUUUGAAAUAUUUUUCAGCAUGUUUGAAUAAUGAUGUUUGUGUAAAAUCUUUAACUGACUGUCACGCGUUCUAUACCAAAGCAUCAGAGAAAGUGUUUGAAGUAUCAAAGUUGUACACGAAGAUGGAAGAAAGUUACAGAAACGCAUGUGCCUUGUUUGGAGAGAAUAGUAAAACUAUACAGCCAAGUGAUUUCUUCACAUAUUUCAGUAUUUUCAUGGACAAUUACAAGAAAGCGAUUGAAGACAUCAAAAACACUCCGUUCAACCCCUCUCUGAAACCUGUUACCAUGAGAGUGAGGCGAUCUUUAACAACUUUAGCAGAAGUGCAAUCUGAACACACGUCAGGGUACGUGAAUGCUUCAUGGGAUACUCCAGAAGCCCCAAGACCCAACCCGACAUUGUUAAGUACACACCUACAGUCGCAUCAAGGUACACCUGGCCACUCUGCAGAUGAUACCUCCACAGUGGAAGACGACGGCGACUCAGGAUUUCACACUUUUCACUCAGAGAACACUUCGCCCCAACCACAGAAUCGGAAUAUUUCAAAACAAAAUCCAUCCCGUGUAGUGAGUGGCUUCUAUUCUGACCUAACCGAGGACAGUGUCAGCGUGAUGGCAACACCUCCCAAGACCGCACAUGCAGGAUUAAAACCCAAACCCCACCCAGUCUACGCCAGAUAUAUUGAUACAGUACCCACCGCACCACCCCCAUUACCAGAACGAAACAACGCCAGGUUUACAUCUACUAGUAGUGAAAACAAAAGCACGUCGUUUUAA